ACUAACAUACAGGUACAGUAGGCUACAUGCCGUCCAUUGUACAGUGUAGGUCACAGACGAGCCUCUGACUGAUAAUGGCCUCUAGAAUGUUCGACAGUGUCCUGGUGACCGGAUCAAACCGUGGAAUUGGACUUGAGUUGGUUCGCCAGUUGGUUGAUUCACCCUCAUCUCCACUUCACGUCUUUGCUGGUUGUAGAGACCCAAAUGGACCAAGAGCACAGGAACUCCAGAAACUAGCUCAGAAGCACCAUGAUGUGAUCACAGUUGUCCAACUGGACACUGAUAGUCAGGCUAGUAUCGCAGACGCCUCAAAACUGGUGGAAGCCAAACUGAAUGGCAGAGGCCUGAAUCUGAUCAUCAACAAUGCCGCAGUGAACAUCCCAGGAUCUCUAGCAGAGACAGGAAAACGGGAGAUGGUGGACGUGUUCACGACUAAUGUUGUAGGACCUAUGCUGAUCGCAAAAAAUUUCCAUCCGCUCCUGUGCAAGGCUGCAGCUCAGUUUCCUCAUCAGACAAGCAUGUCUUGCAGUAGAUCGGCUGUCGUCAAUGUCUCCACACUGCUGUCAUCCAUCACCAGAUGCUCUGAAAAUUUCUACAUCUCUCCAAUGUACCCCUAUCGGGUCAGCAAGGCUGCACUGAACAUGUUAACUUGCUGCUUGGCGGAGGAUUUUAAAAAAGAUGGCAUUCUAGUUAUGUCUCUCCAUCCAGGAUGGGUCGCGACAGAAAUGGGAGGCCCAGAGGCUCCCCUGACGACAGCUGAGAGUGUCAGCGGUAUGAUGAAAGUCAUCACCAGCCUCACCGAGAAACACAGUGGAACUCUUUUAGAUUGGGAGGGCAAAAACAUCCCCUGGUGAUUUCACAACUCAUCUUGUGUGUCGUUUGCACAUCUUAAGUUUGACAUGUACUUCCACAUCUUUGUCUGUCUGCGGUUUGUCUGAGAACAAGACAUGAGUUGUUUCUCACAUUACAUAUGGUCUACACUUCACUUUUCUAUUAGUUUCUAUUUGGAAUUUUCAGUGUGAACACGCUAAUCGCAUUAUUUGUACUACAAAAUGUAAUAGAAUAGUGCAUAA